AUGAAUAUCUUCCGGUUAUUAGCCGAUUUCUCGCACCUGGCGUCGAUCUUCAUCCUUCUGCAGAAGAUGAAGUCGUCCAGCAGCUGCUCCGGGUUGUCAUUUAAAUCACAGGUGCUUUAUCUGCUGGUCUUUGUGACUCGUUAUCUGGAUUUGUUCUGGUCAUUCACCGAAUCCCUAUACCUCACCACCUUCAAGCUUCUGUUCAUCGGAUCCUCCGCCUACAUCAUUUAUUUGAUGCUCAACGACUACAAACCGACCCACGAUCCCAAUAUCGACACGUUCAAGGUCCAAUACCUCCUUGGGAUCAGUGCAGUUCUGGCGUUGCUCUUCCCCCACAGCUAUCGUCUUUCUGAGAUCCUCUGGACGUUCUCGAUUUGGCUUGAAUCCGUUGCCAUCCUGCCACAGCUCUUCAUGCUGCAGCGGACGGGCGAGGCAGAUACCAUCACAACCCACUAUCUUUUCGCCCUGGGACUAUACAGAGCUCUCUAUAUUCCGAACUGGGUAUACAGAUACUUUGCAGAGCACGCGUUCCGCAAGUCCUUCCAGCCUGUUCCAAUCAUCGCAGGCGUCAUCCAGACUUUGCUGUACUCGGAUUUCUUCUACAUCUACUACAACAAGUAA